CACAGACAGUCAGUCAGUCGUGCGUUGUCGCGUGUGUAAGGAGGAUGCGUUGCUCCGUUCUUGUGUGACUGCCCUCUGCCCAACGCUGGGUAGAACAACUGUCCCCAUAGUCGGCGUAGUGGAUGUAUGAGUUGAGAAUACAUUUAGCCCCUGCUGCUGCUGUUGCUGUGAUUAUGGUGUUAUAGUGAAUGGACGAUUGUGCAGCGUCUAUGCCCAGUAAAUUAAGAAAUAUUAGUGUUGGUCAGUAGCCGAGGAAGAGCUAUGAAUGCUGGAGACGUCGUGAUCGUGGCUUGCGGUGGGAUGAUGAAGACUAGUAAAGUUGUGACCAAGUUGGGUCACAGUGGUUGGUCAGCAGGUCACCACGACCCUUGGAUCCAACCGGCAACUACUGUUUUACCAGUCACUAACACCACAUUUAAUCUCGGCCCAAAGGAACCCCCUACUAACACCUCCAUGGACUCAGGUGUUGCAGGACUUCGCGAUACCCCCGUGCAUACCCCAGCCCCCAUUCACAGCAACAACAAUAACAACAACAACAACAACAUGGUGGGAAGUAAAGGUAAUAGUAAUAACAACAACGAAGAGUGCGACGUCCCCAAAUUCAUCGUGGACCACUCCACCCGGACCACCUACAUGAAAGGAAGGUUCCUUGGCAAGGGCGGCUUCGCUGUCGUGCACGAAGUGACGGACUUAACUACAAACAAGACGUACGCAGGCAAGAUCAUCCCGAAGUGUCGUAUCACUAAGCGCCACCACAAAGAGAAGAUCGCCCGAGAGAUCGAGGUCCACCGGCACUUGAGACACCGCCAUGUUGUUCGUUUCCACCAUUACUUCGAGGACGACACGAACGUCUACAUCAUCCUCGAGAAUUGUGCCAGGAGGAGUUUGGUGCAUGUGUUAAGGCGUCGUCGGACCCUGACGGAGCCGGAGGUGCGCUAUUACAUGCGGCAGUUAGCGGAGGGCGUCGCCUACGUCCAUCAGCAGCAGGUCAUCCACCGGGACUUGAAGCUGGGCAACAUGUUCCUCACGGAGGACAUGGUCAUGAAGAUCGGGGACUUCGGUCUGGCCACGCGACCCGACGACAACAGGAAUGUGACCAUUUGUGGAACACCAAAUUACAUAGCUCCAGAAGUUUUAAAUAAAUUAGGUCAUUCAUAUGAGGCUGACAUUUGGGCAAUGGGUUGCAUCAUGUAUGCUCUGUUAGUGGGACAGCCACCAUUUGAAACAGAUACCCUGAAGGAAACAUAUUCACGAAUCACUACCAACAAGUAUGUCAUCCCUCCUCUUAUAAGCGAAGCUGCAAGACACCUUAUUCGGCGGUUCCUCCAUCCUGAUCCAAAUGCUAGACCAAGGUUGGACCAAGUUCUCAACCACGAAUUUUUCACGACAGGUGUGGUUCCACGGUCUCUCCCUGUUUCGGCUUGUACCCAGGUGCCAAAGUUUGGGUUAGAUGUUAUUGGGAAGUCUGUUUCCUUACCUGAGCAGCAGCUUCAGCAACCUACCUCUUUGAUCCCACAGUCUCAGUCACAGCAUCCACUUACACUUAAUCAGGAUAUUAAAAAGAAAACUACUUCUGUCUCAACAUUACGCAUCCCUAAUCAGAAACCUCAGUCAGAUAAGAUCUCAAUACUGGAUGGUGGGUUGGGAAGUCCACCUACAAGCAGACCCACAACUGGAAACUCCAAAGAGGAACCGCGUAAAAAGGACUCUGGUGGCACACUUUCUUCAUGUUUACGACAAAAACUGUCUUCGGUCAUAUGCACAACAGAUAACAAGGCAUCAGCUGGAAAUCUAGUUGGAAAGAAACGAGAUAUUACAUCUGGCACACUUUACAAUCUUCUGGCUACAUGUCUUGACAUUAUGCCUGAUGAAAUCAGCAGCAAUCCUCCCCAUCAGAAUCACACACCAUUAUUUAUUACAAAGUGGAUUGACUAUUCCAAUAAGUAUGGAUUUGGAUAUCAGCUCUCAGAUCACUGUGUUGGCGUUUUCUUCAAUGAUCUCACUAGAAUAAGCAUUAGUUCUGAUAAAAGCCGUGUGGAGUUUACCGAUUCAUCUGGAAGACUUACUGUACAGCAAGCUGGUACAUUGCCAGCUUGGCUUCAAGAGAGAUACCAGCUACUUCGCUACUUUGCCACAUAUAUGGAAGAAAAUCUCACGGAGGCUGGGGAUUCUAGAACUACUCGUGGUGGAUCUGCAAGGUCUAAUGUCAUUCCCCAUGUCCGUCGUUGGGAUCGCACACCUAAGUCCAUAAUAAUGCAACUGAGUAAUGGCACUUUCCAAAUCAACUUCUUCAAGGAUCAUACAAAAGUGGUCAUUGCUGGAGACAGUACAGAUGCUAGCGUUAUGAUUAUCAGCAGUGACAGGCAGUCGUUUACGUACCGUUUGUCCCAGAUAGCAGGAUUAGGCUGUGAUGCAAUGGUGCGGGAACGUCUUGUGUAUGCACUCUCAUGUCUUAGGCAGUAUGCAGAAUUAGAUGGUGAAGAAGUUUGAAGAUGCUUCAAGACUAGUUCCUGAGAAGUAUUUUUGGAUAUUUGUUACAGUUGAAAAUGGAUUAUCUGAAGGACCAAGUAAUGAGUAAUACUGUAAUGUCUUCUUUUAAGGCAUAGAAUAGUGUCUGAAUGAUAAAGAGACCAAAACAAGUGAGGUGAGAACUGCUUUGAUAGUAAUGCAGUAAAUAUGGGAAAGUUUUAUGAGUUAAUAGUAAAACAUUUUCAUGUUUUCUGUUAAGACGGGAGUUUUGCCAUAGAAGUGGCAUUAUUAGGUGUAUGUAUAUUGGUGGCAUGUAAUGUGGAUUGGUUAAAUUGUUAGGUAUCUGAUAAUCAUGGUUAUUGGAGGAUUAGCAGAUCCUAACCUGCUGGAAAUGAUAGUGGUUCAUUUUCAUAUAAUACAGAGGAGUGAGCCAUGAUAAAUUUCCAUUAGGGUAUAUAUAUAGCUGAACACAUUAUUAUGCAUGACCUUAGAACUAUGCAAUAAUUUGUAAUUAAUGUACUGUUCAUGUCAUGUGCAUUGCACAUUGUGUAAUUGUUACCUGUGUGACAUUGUUUUGUGUUACAUGUUGGACACAAUUUAAACAUAAGAGUUUGAGAGCCCAUAAGCUCUACCUCAGUGUUAGUUCCAUGUCUUAUCACUGCCCAUGUUGAUAGUCAAGGGCAAAAGAAAGCCUCUUCAUGAACCUAUUCAGGUGUUUGGAAGCUGGUCAGAGCAGUUUAGCUCUUGACAUCAGAGAAUGUAUGAAGUGAUGUGGGAGGAUUGCUCUGUUUGAAAGAAUCUUCCAGGUAUGUUGUGUUUUUGCCCCUUUACAGUGUUUACCAAAGAGUUCAGAAAGGGUAAAGCUGUAAAAAAAAACUUGUAUUUAAGUACCAUAAUUUAUGAGGGAUUGUUUAUCUCAUGGCUAAUUAGGACAACACAGUCCCUCUUAAAAGUGAAAAUAGAACUUUCAGAAAUUUUCUGUAUUCAACGGUGGUGGUUGUGGUAGUGAAAUACCUCUUCUGUUCAGUGCACGAGUUCUCCUUCAAGGUGUUUGGAGAAUUGCCAAGUAAAAAAAAAAAUCAAAUUGUCAGUGAUCUCGGAAUAAACUAUGCUCAAAAACAAACAACUACACUAUCAUUAUGCUCAUGAAAUAGAAAUGUGCUUCAUAAUUAAAUCAAAGAAAGUUUCCCUUUGUUAAGCUUCAAAUGACUUCUCCAUUCAUGUGUAAUUAAAUUACAGUACAUUAAUAGUAUCGAGCAGACUGCAAGGAAAAGAAUUCUUGUCCAGAUUAUUAUGCAUGGCCUGAUUUCUCUCACCAUGGAAACUGUGAUACAAGGAUUUAGUGUGACUGGUCAGCUGUGAGAAAGCUACCAAGCAAGAUUUCUCUUGUGUUGUCAAUCCUAAGCAAAGUCCGUCCUUGUACGCUCUGCUGAAGUCAAAAUGGAAUUUCUUGGCAGAGGUGUUGUUGGCUGUAAGUGUUAGGUGUGGCAUUUCAGUAUGGUUUUCUGGUCAGUGUAACACAGUAAGCCCUACUGAGGUACUAGAUCUCAAACAAUACAGAUCCUUUUAUGAUGUACACACUUCUAUGAAUAUCGCCAGUCAUAGAAUGACUGCAAAUUUUGUAAUAUCUAACAACUUUCCUUGUUUUUUAAUAUUUGUAAUGCUGAAAAGAUUUCUAAUUCUGUUAUUUGCAGAAUGAGGCCUUUUUCACAACCAAAGAAAUAAUGAUUACUCCUGUGUUCCCAUUUUUGGCUCAGGUAACUGCUGCACUUUACCAAAUAAAAUAUUGGGAGAAGUGGUUUCCUAUUCAGUAAUGGCAUUAAUAUCAAAUUGGUUAUAUAACUAUGUACUGUAUUCACAUAUUAAAAGGAGUUUUGGGUGUCCAAGGGAAUAUUUUUUUGGUAAUAUAUAAAAAAAGUUUUAGAAGUACGGAUAAUAAAUCCCUAAUUGUUUGGUUAUGUUGCAUAAGUUAGCUUGAAAUAUACUAUCAGAAGAAUUUUCCCAGGAUAACCUUUUGACUUGAUGAAAGGAUUUAAAAUGUCCAUCAAAAUGCUGUAGUACAAACCACACGUUUGAUUGAUUGAAAUUUGUGACGGUUUUGGAAAGCUUAAUGAUCUCAUAUUUCUGAAUAUUAGUCAUCGUCAGUCCACUGUUUUACAAGUAUAGACGGAUGACAUUGCUGAUCCUUCUUUUGAAAGCAUUGCUGUUAUAAAGUGAGAGAAUUCUUAGUCACACACUUCGAAGCUUAAGUCUGUUAAUAAUUACUGCUAAGGAUGGAAUCACUUAAACUUAAGCCAUUUAAUAGCGAGAUGUGUGCAAUAGGUGACUAAGAAUUGAAAGGAAGUGGGUAUUCCUUGGAACUCUCGCUCUACAAAUCAGCUUUGCUUUUUCAAUACUCUUUGUAAUAAAACUUUUUAUCGAGGUAUCUUCGCCUCUCUUAUCUGUCUAACCAAAGAUGGCAGGACUUCUGCUUUUCUAUUUAAUAUUGAAAAGGUAGGCAGGCUUUUGUUUAAAUAAUUUAAAUACAUCUUUGCAGUACUUUUUAAAGAGUUUGGAGAAGUAAAGUCAUACCUUUGAAUCAGAAAUUAAGAGCAGAAGUAUUACAGAUUUACUCCAUAAUGAUGAUAGCUUCAGUUUUUUGUAUUUUCUGGUAAUGAAUUUACUCUUCCAAAUCUCUUCAGUUACUGAAGUCAUGGAGAUGUGACUGCUAGUGCAGCUUUAGGGCUUGAUAAGAGGCACUAGAGGCUCAAUGGUCUAUAUUACUUAUUAGUUUGUCUGUGAAGUUGGCGAAGGUCUGUGCCAAGGAUUAAUUUUUUCGUUUUAGAAGUUACAUAUAUUGUUUCUGUGAUUCUCUGUGGUAAUUUUGUGUAUGUUUUGUUUUUUGUGAUACUUAUGUGAUUUUUUUGUCCAUUUAUGUAUACUUCAUGUAUAUAUAGUGUAAUUAAUUGUGUUUUGUUGUUUUCAUUAUCAAGUCUGUAGUGCUCAGGUCUUUCAAACAGGAUAGUGGCAAGUGGUCUUCCUAAAAUCAUUAUUAUAAAUUAUCCAUUGGUUUCUUUACAUAAAAAUCCUCCAAAUUGGUGCCUUUAUGUAAGAAUAGUUGAGGAGUUCUGGAAACUCCUCCUCCAUAUAAGAAGUUGUUUCUUUGUUGUGCUCAAAUCAAUGUGACUCUUACCAGUAGUAAUUGGUCAUAAUACAUAACCCACUAAUAUGAUUUGUCUAUAAAUGUACGGUAACAAUGUUGGAGCAGAGAUUUGUUCCAUUACUCUUGCAUUUUCUGUAUAAAUAAAAAAAAAUGUAUAAUUCACAAAUACAUUGUAAUUGCAGAUGUUGGUAAUCUUAAAUGACCGUCACCUGGUAAUCUGAGUUUCAGUAUUCAUAAUCAAAUUAUGAAGAGUACUAAUCAAGGGGGCUACUUGGGAGUGGAUUCUCAGUAAUGUUUUAACAUGAAGUUGGGCCUUGACAGUAUGAGAUGUCUUCCAUGUAAUAGGACAGUUAACUUGGUUCAGUUGAAGUGGUAGUUACUGAUCUUAAUCGGCAAAAGUUGACCAAAUGCAGAGAAAGCUUAGAAUGGUUAAAGUAAUGAGUAAAAGGUUUUCUGGUUGACACGGAUAAAAAAGUAGCAGCUUUCUACAAAACCUGGACCAAUGUUCAUUGACCUUUACCGUAGGGGACAGCUCUAUAUGUGUCCACUAAUCAAGAUUCCUUCCAGUAUAGUACAUAGGGUGAAAUACACACUCUUCAGGAGUUUACUAAAUUUGACAGUUUCCUGUACUAUAAGAAUAAUCUUCCAUGGUUCUGUACUGUUAUCUUCCAUGGUCCUGUUCUCACUACUGUUUUAAGUGACCAGAAUAUUACCACAGGUCAGUUGAAGUGGAGAAUUAUUUGUCAUGGCCUGAAUAUGGUUAGACUGUGGCAUUAUCAUCCUACUGACCCAUUCAAGACAUGUAUAUAUUAUAGUUUAAGGUGUUAAAAAAAUAACUGUGGUAGUCAAGUUAAAAAAAAUCUGUGCAGUACUAUGAUGUAUAAAUUAGCAUCAUUGACUCUCAUGGUCUUUCAUUUUUUGCAGUUCUUGUUGUAAAUUUACUUGCUUUUUGUUUAUAAUAAAGAAUCAACUAUGAAA